GUUCCCCUUUUAUAUCGUAAGAGAAAUCCAGAACUAGGUAUGAGCAGAGCAGGGUCCAAGAGCACGUCCCGACUCCAGGACAAUGUUCCAUCCAAGCUACUCCAACCCCAUGAAAACCAGAAGUUGUUCCAGCUACUGGGGAGAAAGUGUCUGGUGAGAGUGGGGGGUACAAAGAUGUCUCAGGAACCCUUAUAUCAGAGUAUUUGUAUCUCUUUACAGAGCAUUGUAAUUCACUGCCAGUCCGUAAAAGGAGGUUAUUGGAGGGCCCCCACCAUGCCUACGUGUUAGUAGAGAUGCACAAAGCUGAUCUCUCAUUAGCCUGUGUGUCAGCGUGACUCCAAACAUAAUGUAAGCGAUGUGUGGCCAGGCCAAGGUGGCAUGGGAAAGGGGUGAGAGGAUAUAUUUAAAUGGGGGAGCACACAGAUAGUUGGGUAUGGGGGGGAGAUGGUUAUGAAACACAGGAGUUCAGGGGAGAUGGAUUUAGUUGAUUAGCAGGGGUUCAAAGUGUUAGAAACACAAGAGGUUGAGUGCAGGGGAGAGGGGUAUAGAGGUGCAGGGAGGGUACAUUAUGUUGGGGAAGCGUGGGAAUUUGGGUUCCGGGAAAGGAGUAAAUUGAGCACAAACAAAGUUGGGUGGGCCAGAGGUGUAUAGAGGUGUGUAAAGGCUAGUGUUUGGGAGUAUAUGAAGAUGGAAAAGGUAGUGGGGUACAUAAUGUUGUGCAGCGACUAUACAAACCAAAGUUAACCAAAUAAAUACUAGUAAAGUUACCUAAAAAACACUACAGGGGAUAAUAUGAUGUGUUAAUCUUUCUAAAUGUUCUUUUGGAAAAUGCCCAGCCUGGACAGACCAUUCCAGUCCAAAUUCCUAUUAAUAGUAAAACACAGUCAAAUAACCCUUCCAGGAUGGAGAAUUUUUGACACUUUAAGUGCACCCAUACGAAACAUAUCCCGUUAUUUUAAAGGACAUGUUUCUUCUGAUACCAUAUAUGUAUACUAGUUAUCAUCCUAUUAUCUAAAUAGUUUUGCUCAUAAUAACUUCUACACAAUUAGUGCAAAAAAGGAAAUUAAUGCUAAUCAGAUUCAGUUAUGUGUAGGAUUGCAAUGCAUUUUUUGGAAGCUUUGGGACAAAUAUUGCAAGCAGUGAAUUUCGGUUUUAAAACUAAACCUUUGCCAAAUUAGCCAUGCUGGCAAUGCAGCUUUAAAAGUGAAUCCAAUAAGUAUAUAUAUUUGUAGGAAGUAGACACAUUGCAUAUUCAUCUGUGUUUUCACACAACCAAUUAAUCACCAAGCCAGAGCUGCUCUAUUCCACCACUGGCGACAAGUACAGCAGUACCCCAAAUGAAGAUCUGUGCCAGCUUUGGGGCGAUUAAUCACUUCGUAUUAUAAACGGGCUCUGUUUUGACAAGCAUUUGAUUAGACACCGGUUUAGAGCGGUUUAGGUGCAUCCAUUAGGGGAGGGGAAAACGCUUAUUAGUGUCACCAUAGGGAGUCUGGGGGGGGGGGAGGUACUGCUUGCAAGGGAGAAGCUCAUUACAUCUGUGGCUAGUGCACUGACGACAGAUGUAUUUUUUUUGCACAGAAUUGAUAUUAGACAUCUAAGCUGCCUAAGUCACGCGUUCAACUUGCCCCUGAUACACAAGUGAAGAUUACUCUGACUGUGCAGGGUUUUCAAUGCCCCACCUAUAGAAGGUCCACCUAUAGGUCUAAAAUUGCUUUUAUUAUCAGUAAUGCUUCAACGUGUGAUGUAAGACGCAAAGGGGCUGAGUGUUACGAGGUUCGCUGGUGAACGAGCAUACCUUUAGCUGUUCCAGAUUGACAGUGCAGAGAAAGGAAAAAGUGCAGAGAGAGUCCUGCAAACAGUCCAACCCUCAUGUAACAAAACUGGGGCAUUGGAAGCAGAUGAGAGAUUAGGAGACCCAAGAGGAAGGAGCUCAGAAGUGCCGAGACACACAGACCUUUAAGGUUAAGCGCCACAUGGAAGGAAAGAGGUACACUACAAAGAGGGCUCGGAAUCCACAGAGAACUGGCUGGUGCACCAUGGCUGCAGCAAAAUAAAUGGAGACUCUUACACAGUGGUUCCCAAACUUUUUGGGUAUAAGGCACCCUUAAUAUUUCAAUAUUUUUCCAAGGCGCCCCAAGUUAAAAUAAUUUCCUAAGUUGUAUAUGUGUACAGCGCAGUGGCAUAUACUGGGCCCAUGUUUGGCAGAAAUGCUUGCCAUUCAAGCGCAGAUACAGAACCUAAUCUUGGGAGGGGCACUGACAGAUUAUGAAACAGUCCAGGCACAAAAAACACUACAGCAUGUUGUAGUGGUUAUGGUGCCUGUAGUGCCCUCCCAGAGUAAGCAGUCAGAACAGUUUGACAACUUACCUGGGAUUUGCCAGGAUAGGGGCUGUAGAAUUAGAUAGGGGCAGUAGUGUCUGAUGAAUGCAAUAUGUGUGUGUGUGUGUGUGUGUGGGAUGCACACUGUGUGUGAGGGGUUCAAUGUGUGCGCGGGGAGCAUUGUUUGUGAAGGAUGCUGUAUGUGUGCGUGUGUAUGUGGGGCAGUUUGGGCAUGAGGGGUACAUUGUGUGUGGGGGCAGGUUGUGUGAGGUGGACAGUGUGUGGGGCAGGUUGUGUUUGAGGGGUACAGUAUGUGUGUGAGGUGGACAGUGUGUGGGGGGGCAGGUUGUGUGAGGGGUACAGUAUGUGUGUGGGGGAGCAGGUUGUGUGAGGUGGACAGUGUGUGGGGGGCAGUUUGUGUGUAUGGGGGGAGGUAUUGUUGGUCUGUGGGGGUAGGAGGGCAGAUAAAUAUAUACUUUUUUUUAUUAAAAAAAAUAUAUAAUUAUUUUGGCAACACUCCAAGCUCGCGAGAGUAGAACCCAGCGGAGCUGCAGGUUAGAGCUCCCCUGGGUCAUCUCUCCCUCCCUCCCUCCCUGACCGCAUUACAUUGCUAGCGGGCCAGAGAGGGAGAUCCUGCAGAGCCGGACAGGGAGAGGGAGGCUCUCCCCUGUGUGCCUGUCACAGUACACAGUUUGGGAACCGCUGCUCUAUCAUAUAACAGCCUAAAAGUAUCAAAACCGUGAGUCCAAAAAAACAGGGGGGAUUGGGAAGGAAAGAAAACAAAGAGCUUUAACAUUGUAAUACUGUUCCAGUAAUACUUUCCUAUAUAAAAAAAAAUAGGCCUGGUUGGUGCAACAAACAUUAUUCCUGGAUAUUCAGGAUAGCACUGGUAUCUAAUAAGCCUCUCACAACUUAUUACAUGGUUUCACAUGCUACGAACAUAUAAAUAAACAAAGCAACUCUGAGCAAAGUAAGAUCAAAUACUGUUCUUUUUUACUAAAAUGUCUUAACUUUUUUUUUUAUGUGGUCAUAAAUACUGUUGGGGACUGUACUUGCUGUAUCUCAAUUUUGAAACAAAGGAUAACCAGAAUUAGGAAGGAGAAAGAAGGGGGGAAGAAGGAAGGAAAGGGAAGAGAAAAGUUAAAAAAAAAAAUAAACGGAAGAAUAAAUAGAAGAGAAAUUAAGCAAAAAAUUAAAAGUAGAGAAUAAGAGAGAUAACAGGAGAAAAUGGCAAAAAAAGGAAAUGAAGUCAAACAGAUACAAAAAAAAAAAAAAAAAAAAAAAAAAAAAAAAAAAAAAAAAAAAAAAAAAAAAAAAAAAAGUGAGAAAAGGCAAGAUACUUGAACAGCAAAAGACAAAACACUGGUGUCAAUGUUUUCUCUCCAAAAUAUAAGAAUGAUGGAAAAAUUGGAUAGUUCAGUAAGCCAAGACUCCAAUGCAUCAGUAAUGCAAGACCAAGAUCUAUAAUUAAGACAAACACCCAAACAAGUCCAGCAAAUCCUCCACAUAUCUAAAGUAAAUGUACAUAAAGAUCGGAACUCUCAACUCUUACAAAUCAAAGAGGAACUGAAAAUAAAUUUCCAAAAAGGGCUGGACGCUCAGCUCAUACAUAUAACAGAAGACAUAAAUUGUUUCAAAGAGAUAAAAGAGGAUCUGCAGAAAAUGAGAGUAAAGGACAAGGACGCUAACGUCAAACUUGGUGGGGGAUAACCACCCUCAGCUUGUCAGUUCUUGGGGAAGGGUGAGUUCAUCCCUAUACACCGAGCGUUGCGGGAUGGUCGGCCGCUUGCGUUGGAUGUGUUUCUGGAAGGGGAAACCUCGAACCCCUUUGAUCACUCUCCGGUAUAUCCAGUUACAGAACUAUGUUCGUACGCUACCACAGAGGGACAAACUACACAGGAGCCUCACGUGGUUAGAGGAGCUAUGCAUACAGGGUAUGGUACUGGAGAAGGCGGUUUUGAUACUCUACCAAAAUCUUCUAGUGGGGAACAACACUACAAACAACCAGUUCCAAAGGCAAUGGGAGGAAGUGAUUGGCAAAGCUUUCUCGGCUGGGCAAUGGGAUAAGGUGCUAUUGUGGCAACACAAGAGCUCCAUAAGUUUACAUUAUCAGGAAGUUAAUUAUAAGAUACUAUCACUCUGGUACAGGACGCCGGCUGCUCUUCUUCGGAUCUUCCCUACUGUACCGCCCACAUGCUGGAGAUGUCAGGCCGCUAGAGGCACAAUGUGGCAUAUAUGGUGGGAGUGUGCAGUCAUAGUUUCCUACUGGGACAUGGUGAGGGAUGAGGUGACUGUUAUCCUUGGGGAUUCAAUUGAGUGCUCAGGGGAACUGGCCUUGCUACACUUGUCUUCCACACCUAUCUCGAGUUACAAGAAAUCUACAUUAUGCCAUUUGCUUAAUGCAGCUAAGGCCCUGAUUCCUGUUUUUGGGAAAAAACGGAGAUUCCCACUAAGGAAGCCUGGCUGAGAAGGGUGGAGGAGAUGCAUGCCUCCCUGCUCGGGACGGGUCACAGACAUGCCGAGGCCUGGCAAUCAUGGUUUGUAUAUAUGGCAUGUGACUUACAAUCCUUGCACGAGCGGAUGAUGUGGGGGGUGCUCGCCCGUCUGGACGCGGGAACCCCUCUGGCUUUGUUUCUUCUUCCACUUUCUAUAUUCACAUUGUUCUCAGUCUCCGAUUUUAUUCACAUGAACAGAGCAGGAAAGGACUGACAAUCCCUCCUAAUACUAUCAGCCUAAUAUCAGCCUAAUCGGCAAAGGGAAAAAUCUGGCAGGUGCUACUGCUGGGGUGUGCUUGGCACAACAUGCUCUACUAUGUACGUUUUACAACGCAUAGUUCCGUACAAAACACGUAGAAGGUUUGUGAACCGGGAAUGACAUGUUAGCCACUGCGGUUUACUUAAUCCUAAGGUUGUGGUGGGGAAACGAUCAUAGACUGUCCAGGAGGCCACAUAAUUUUCAUAAUAACCGUUUUAGGAAUGACACUUUGUUGCGAUGCAUGCGCUGUUUCAUAUGUUAGUACAUAUCUCAGAUUUUGAAUGAUUACACACAUAGGACAUGGGGACCUGUAGGGGACUUUCUCUGCUCCUUUUCUUUUUACUUACUUACCUCUCACUUCUUUCUUCACUGUCCUCUCUCGCAGACCUUACUACAUUGACAUGGAGGAAGCCUUGUGGAACCACAGGUAGAAAUAAAUACAAGCUAUUAUUGGGGAAGGCUCUAUAGUUUUACUUAGAAUGAAACACGAGUUCCACAGCCCGCAAUUAUACAACACCCGAUAGCACAAAUGGAACCGCAUAAGCUAUAGAUCUGUGUAAGAUCUACAUGUAUCUGUGUGGUGGGGCCUGGGUGCCUACAAAUCUUUUGUCUCCAUAUCUAUAAAAACUCAAUAAAAAAGAUUUAAAAAAAUAAAAACAAGGAUAAUGAGACAAACAUAAAUAACAUUGAAAAAGAACUCAAAGAAACUAAAGAACAAAUGAAUAGACAUGUGCAUGGGAAACGUGUUCGGCAUUCCGAAAUUCGGGACUUCGCCACUUCGGAACUUCUAUUGCAGCCGCUUGGUAGAUAACUCCCUAAUUCCCACGGUAUUAGGGAGUUAUCUACCAAAAGGCUUAAAGACCUAAAUUUGUCUUUCAGCCAAAUCUACUAAUACUAAGUAAAGAUUACUUCGUAUUAGUAAAUUGUGCCCCUACUCGCGAAUAGGGGCAUCUCUAGUAAACAGUGAGCAGCCAGUGGCUGCUCACUGUUAAAAAAAAAAAAAAAGUGGGGGCCCUAAAAUAAAAUAAUGGGGGGGGAACCUAUUGUCCUCCCCCCUGGCCCCCACCCCUAAACGGUGGGUGGGGGCCCUAAAUACUAAUUAGGGGGGGACCUAAUGUCCUCCCCCCUGGCCCCCACCCCUGAGCGGUGGGUGGGGGCCCUAAAUUAGCAUGAGGGGGGGACCUAAUGUCCUCCCCCCUGGCCUCCAGCCCUGAGCGGUGGGUGGGGGCCCUAAAUUAGAAUGAGGGGGGAGGACAUUAUGUCCUCACCCCUGGCCCCUGUUAUGCUACAAGGGUUUUUGGAAUUGGAACUCAACUGCAGCUUGUAGAACUCCUUAAUUACAAUAGCAAUGAAACGGAGAAUCUUUCUAAAUUAAUAAGGAUACUGUAGCUUUAAAACAAAGUGGUGAUUGCAGGCAAUUAGAGAAAUAGGCAAAGUCUUAAUGAUUGCAAUAGUUUUUAGUAACAGUGGAUUAUAGCAUAUAAGUAACAAUUCAAUAGGAAGAAUCUGCAGGUUAUAGCAAGCAAGACACAGUUCAUUAAUAAGUAAAUCCUCAGAGAUAAAUUGAAUAGGAUACUUAAGCUUGAUGGGAGUUAUCUUCCAUAGGAAUAGUAUGCAGUCAGCAGUGAAGAUUUUAGCAAGCAAGAAACAAUUCAGUUAUAACUGAGACUCCAGAGAAUAGAAUGAAAAUUAUACUUAAGUUUUAUGUGAGUUGUCCUCCAAAAGAUCGGAAUUAGAGUCCAAGUAAUAAAUGGUAAACAGUUCGUUUUCAUGAUCCAAUAGAGGAUGUAAAUCACAAUCCUUUUAAUAGUUCAAAGGGUUAGGAAGGCUUGCGAGUGAAGCUUGUGUAGCCGGCGUCUGAACACGGAAGUAGGUCCCAAAAUCACCAAGCAGUUUGUAUCUGGCGCGGUCUCUCUAAAUAGCGUAAGAGAGCCGCGUCAGAAGGGGGCGGGGGCGGGGCCGGCUCCGCAUACCGGAAACGCUGGACCCGGAACAGAUACGGCAUGAGAGCCCCCACCCCUGAGCGUCGGGUAGGGGCCCUAAAUAAAAAAAAUAACCCCCCUCCCGCAGGUGGUUAGGGGUCCCCAAGCCCCUAGUCAUCCCCCUACCCCCAAAAAUUAACCCCUACCUACCCUCCUCACCCUAAAAAUAAUGAGGGGGGACCAUUUAACUAAGUACCUGUAAAAAAAUUUAAAUAAACUUACCAUUUGAUGUUUUCUUUCUUCUAAAAUCUUCUUUUUUCAGCCCCAAAAAAGGCCAAAUAAAAAGCCAUAAUAACCGACGCAAUUUAAAAAAAAAUAAAAAAAAAUCCAUCUUCACCCGGCGAGGGGUCCGCGCAGACUGAGCUCUGCAGGGUGGGGGACAAUAGGUCCCCCCCCCCAUUAUUUUACAUUAGGCCCCCACCCGCCACUCAGGGGUGGGGGCAAUAGGUCAAUAGGGGACUUUUUAAAUUUAUUUAUUUUUUUAUAACAGUGAGCAGUCACAGGCUGCUCACUGUUUAAUAGACAUGCCCCUACUCGCGGUAUAGCGAGUAGGGGCAUAAUUUAUUAAUCCGAAGUAAUCUUUACUUAGUAUUAGUAAAUUUGGCUGAAAGACCAAUUUAGGUCUUUCAUCCUUUUAGUAGAUAGCUCCCUAAUACCAUGGGAAUUAGGGAGUUAUCUACUUAUUCAUUCCUGUCAUUACAUUGACAGGCUAAGUAACUUACAUUUUAUAUGAAUGUAUGUUACUUGAUUGUUGUACGUGUUGCAAAUGCUUACAGCUGAAUCCUGGCUAUGUUUGUAUACUUUUUAUUUAAAAUUGUAUACAGUGUAACAUUCUUCUUCUUCCACUGGGUAAGUAUAUUAGUACUCAGGCAAUACUGUGCUUCGGAACUUUGGCACUUUGACACUUCGGAACCUUAGCACUUUGACACUUCGGAACUUCGGCACUUCAGCACUUGGGAAAUUCGGACAUUCGGAAGUACCCGAAUGUCCGAAUUGCCCGAAAUUUGUCUGAAUUCAUAUUCGGACUGAAACGAAUUGCACAUGUCUACAAAUGAUGGAAUACAAGGAUAAACUAGAAAUACUGGAAGAAAAACUUAGACUCAGAAGACCGAACUCGCAGGAAAAACCUGAGUAUAAGAGGAAUACAGGAAAAGAUAGGACCAAAACAACUAACAACAUACUUACAGGAACUCUUCACAGCCAUGGGAAUUCAAGAAGCUCAGAAUGAAAGCUUUAUAGAAAGAGCCCACAUUCUCUAUAAACAGAGUAACAUCCCUAAGGACCAUGUGAGAGACAUUAUAGUGAGGGUUUCAACCUCCUAUAUUCGGCACAAAAUAUAUAAAGCAACAAGAGACUUUUCUACAGGAGAUGAAAGAUUCAAAAAUUUACUUUUCAAGAUCUAUCGGUGGAAACUAGAGUGAAAAGGAGAACAUACAAGUUUUUUACCGAUCUGAAAAAAGGAAAUGAAAUCCAACUGGGGAUACCUGUUCAAAUUAUUUGUUAAAUAUAAUAAAAACCUCAUUUACAAUCAACAAUUUAAAUGAAGCAAAAAAUGGGCUGAAACACAUUUGAACUCAGCUGCAACUGGAGAUCAGUAGAGGAAUAAUUAUGGAUAUAUAGAAAUGCAGAGGGAUUGGAAUUGGUUUUGGGUUGUUUUCCUCACAAAUAUGUCAUUCUCAAAAAGGGCAAGAUAGAAGCUGGAAGUAAAUGGGGAAAGGGAAAAGGAGGCAAGUCACAGAAUAAUGCAAAUCCAAUCCCACUUAAAACACAGAGAAAUAGGUUAUGAAGUGUUAAAACAAAAUAUUAAAAUAAGGAAAAAAUCACAAAACGACAUCUUAGAUUGAAUCACUAAUUAAGAUCUUCGCAAAAAAAUUUUUUCUUCAUUAAAGAAAAACUUCCCUUUUUAUUGGCCAAAACUGGGGUUAAAAUACAGGGAGUGCAGAAUUAUUAGGCAAGUUGUAUUUUUGAGGAUUAAUUUUAUUAUUGAACAACAACCAUGUUCUCAAUGAACCCAAAAAACUCAUUAAUAUCAAAGCUGAAUAUUUUUGGAAGUAGUUUUUAGUUUGUUUUUAGUUAUAGCUAUGUUAGGGGGAUAUCUGUGUGUGCAGGUGACUAUUACUGUGCAUAAUUAUUAGGCAACUUAACAAAAAACAAAUAUAUACCCAUUUCAAUUAUUUAUUAUUACCAGUGAAACCAAUAUAACAUCUCAACAUUCACAAAUAUACAUUUCUGACAUUCAAAAACAAAACAAAAACAAAUCAGUGACCAAUAUAGCCACCUUUCUUUGCAAGGACACUCAAAAGCCUGCCAUCCAUGGAUUCUGUCAGUGUUUUGAUCUGUUCACCAUCAACAUUGCGUGCAGCAGCAACCACAGCCUCCCAGACACUGUUCAGAGAGGUGUACUGUUUUCCCUCCUUGUAAAUCUCACAUUUGAUGAUGGACCACAGGUUCUCAAUGGGGUUCAGAUCAGGUGAACAAGGAGGCCAUGUCAUUAGAUUUUCUUCUUUUAUACCCUUUCUUGCCAGCCACGCUGUGGAGUACUUGGACGCGUGUGAUGGAGCAUUGUCCUGCAUGAAAAUCAUGUUUUUCUUGAAGGAUGCAGACUUCUUCCUGUACCACUGCUUGAAGAAGGUGUCUUCCAGGAACUGGCAGUAGGACUGGGAGUUGAGCUUGACUCCAUCCUCAACCCGAAAAGGCCCCACAAGCUCAUCUUUGAUGAUACCAGCCCAAACCAGUACUCCACCUCCACCUUGCUGGCGUCUGAGUCGGACUGGAGCUCUCUGCCCUUUACCAAUCCAGCCACGGGCCCAUCCAUCUGGCCCAUCAAGACUCACUCUCAUUUCAUCAGUCCAUAAAACCUUAGAAAAAUCAGUCUUGAGAUAUUUCUUGGCCCAGUCUUGACGUUUCAGCUUGUGUGUCUUGUUCAGUGGUGGUCGUCUUUCAGCCUUUCUUACCUUGGCCAUGUCUCUGAGUAUUGCACACCUUGUGCUUUUGGGCACUCCAGUGAUGUUGCAGCUCUGAAAUAUGGCCAAACUGGUGGCAAGUGGCAUCGUGGCAGCUGCACGCUUGACUUUUCUCAGUUCAUGGGCAGUUAUUUUGCGCCUUGGUUUUUCCACACGCUUCUUGCGACCCUGUUGACUAUUUUGAAUGAAACGCUUGAUUGUUCGAUGAUCACGCUUCAGAAGCUUUGCAAUUUUAAGAGUGCUGCAUCCCUCUGCAAGAUAUCUCACUAUUUUUGACUUUUCUGAGCCUGUCAAGUCCUUCUUUUGACCCAUUUUGCCAAAGGAAAGGAAGUUGCCUAAUAAUUAUGCACACCUGAUAUAGGGUGUUGAUGUCAUUAGACCACACCCCUUCUCAUUACAGAGAUGCACAUCACCUAAUAUGCUUAAUUGGUAGUAGGCUUUCGAGCCUAUACAGCUUGGAGUAAGACAACAUGCAUAAAGAGGAUGAUGUGGCCAAAAUACUCAUUUGCCUAAUAAUUCUGCACUCCCUGUAUCUAUGAAUAAUAAUCCCUCCAAAAAUAGAAGAUAUAGCAGAUAUUAAUUAUUCAAUGCUGAUUAAGGACUUAGUCCAGCAACUGAAGGGCCGAAGUAGUUAUUUAAUUUUAGAAUGAUACCACUAAAAGCCCCAGAAAUAUAUGCACACAUUCCAGUCAAUGGUUGAAAAAUAUAUAUGGGCAGGAAAAAUACCACACAUUUCGAGAAAAAUAUUAUAUUGCAAGAAAACCCAGGGAGGGAUGGGUUUCCUAGAAUUGAGGAAAUACCAAAAGGCGAGCCUUCAAAAUACAUCAAAUUCAAGUGAUAACUUUGAAAAAUGACGAAUUGUAUAUAUUAGAGAAAGAGUUGACACAAGUAGAUGACCUAGUGUCAAUACUGUGAUAUAGAAAUUCAGAACUAAGAAAUAUUCUGCAAGAAGGUAACUCAAAAAUAGUAAAACAAAUGAGUAGGGAAUGUAUACAAUUUAGAAAGAUAAAUAAAAUAAUGAUAAAUGCUACAUAUUAGCACCUUUGGAAAUAUUACAACACAAUAUGACCAACAUGAAACUGCCAACAUGCCUCCAAGGAAAAAAAUAAGAAUUUCAAAUCUAUUCCAAGCUUCUAAAUUUAAAGAUAUAAAUAUACUAGAACAAGAGUACGGAGUCACGUCCAAGGAACACAUUACUAUAUUAAGAAUUAAAUAUUACCUAAACUCUCACAUAUGGAAAACACCAAAUAAGAUAAAAAGGGGUCAAUUUGAAAAAAUAAUUGACACAAAAACAAAUAAAAAGUUAGUGAGAGCCUGGUACGAUUUUCUCGAAAUAAAAGAAAAUGAAUUUCCAAAAAUAAAAAUUUCAGAUGCUUCUCCUCUCCGGCAGGAGCUGGCUUCUUCUCUGUUUCUAAAAUAAGAUGACCUUCUUCCAUGUAUUUACCAUCAAAGAUGUGUAUCCUUGACCUCUUAUUACCGAACUAUUUGAUAGUCUCCAAGGAUCCACUGUCUUCACUAAACUGGAUCUAAGAGGAGCAUACAGUCUAAUUCAUAUUAAGGAGGGAGACAAGUGGAAGACAGCAUUCAACACCCAACAUGCCCAUGAUGAUUACACAGUUAUGCCCUUUGGGUUAUGUAAAGCCCCGGCUGUCUUCCAGGACCUUAAAAAUGACAUCUUGAGUUAUUAUUUAUAUUCCUUUGCCAAUGAGUUUAUUGAUGACAUACUGAUACACUAACCUGACCUACACAAACAAGUUAGAAUCAUUUGGCAAAUUAAGUGUUUGACCAAUCCACUAUUCACUUCUUGGGUUACAUUAUUUUGGCUCAGGGAAUUUCAGACAGACCCAAUUAAACUCUCUUCUAUCCUUGUAAGAGAGAAUGAUAGGCGCUCACUAUAAUAUUACACACAAGAUGGCUGUGGGCUGCAGUAACCAAUACAAGGAUUCCCAAACCUUGUGGAUAGUGAAAUAUAGAAAAAGGUAGCUCCUCCCUUAUCCCUAAUUAAACAGGAACUAAUUAAAUAAAGGUACAAAUACCCCCUCCUACCUCCUCCUCCCUCGGUCUUUUUGUUCCUGUCCUAUCCCUAUAGGACCUAUUAGUCUAUUACAAGACUACAAUUAUUUUCUUUUUGGCUUACCUGAGGGUCUUUACCUUCUGUCCCCAAGGGAGUUCAGCCUCUCUUCCUUGGGAAGCUGUAGUACCCGGCCCUGUGCAAAGGUGUCCCCCUGAAGAUACCCCUUUAGUGACCGGGGGUUUGCUUGCUGUGACCCUAGGGGUAGCAAGAGACAAAAAUGCCAAUGAACUCUUUAUUCCCUCCAGUGACCAAGAGGUAGCAGGAAGUGGCGAGAACAAUAUAUAUAUAUAUAUAUAUAUCCUGAUAAACAUCCUCAGAUUUCUCCAUAGUGAAGCCCACAUGUAGGUAUACAUAUAAAUACUUUUUAUAUAUAUAUUGUAUUUGGUAUACUUAUACUUGUGGGUUCCCCCUCCUGCCUAUCAUUCAUUCAUCAAUUCAAAAAGGAGAAUCUGUCUCGUCCUAUCAAAAUCCCUCCUCAAGUUUGGAAAUCCCUGAGGUGUUGGACACAAGAAGAGUUUCUCUUCAAAGGUUUUCCCCUAGGAAAUAUCCCUUGGACCAUUAUUAACACAGAUGCCAGCCAAUGGGGUUGGGGAGCACACCUUCAGGACAACUAUGUUCAAGGGAAAUGGUCUUUUCUGGCUUCAGUUAUCCCUUCAAAUCUCUUAGAGCUUCUUGCAGUUUUCAAGGCUCUGAAGCACUUCCAACAGCUUCUAUUCCACAGGUGGGUCAAAAUCAGGUCAGACAACUCUACAGUGGUGGCAUAUAUAAACCAUCAAGGAGGAACGAGGAGUUGCAGAAUUAUGAAAAUAAUGAAACCUCUGAUGGCCUGGGCACAAUUGAAUUUGGAGGGCAUCUCUGCAAUACAUCUCCCAGGAAUACAAAACUCAGUAGCCGACUUUCUCAGCAGGGUAAGAGUAGAUCCAGGGGAAUGGAGUUUAUCAAACGACAAAUUCCUUCCAGUUGCAAGGAAAUGGGGUCUUCCUCAAAUAGACCUGAUGGCGACAAGCAACAACAGGAAGGUAAAGAAUUUCUUCUCUAAAAUUCCAGAUCCACAAGCCAUAGGAAGAGACGCAUUAACAUGCAAUUGGGAAUUCAACCUGGCCUACGCAUUCCCUCCGAAUCCUCUCAUCUUUCUGCUGCUAAGGAGACAAGAGAAGGUAUCAUUGAUCCUGAUAGCCCCUUUUUGGCCACGCAGGCCUUGAUUUCCUCUCCUACUAAGUCUCUGCAAGAAAGACCCAUGGCGUCUUCCAUUGGUUCCAUUCCUACUGCAACAGGGUCCAAUCCUUCAUCCAAACCCAGCAUCCCUUCAGCUGAUGGCAUGGUACUUGAAAGGGAAGGGCUGAAAAACAAGGGAUUUUCUCAAGCUGUAAUUGAGACUCUCCUACAAGCAAGGAAGAAGUCCACUUCUUCGACUUAUUACAGAAUCUGGGAUGUAUUUUCUUCAUGGGUCAGUUCAAGACCUUUGCAUAUUCUGAAUCCAUCGACCAAAGAUAUUUUAGAAUUUCUACAAUCGGGCCUGGAGAAAGGAGUUACAAUACCUUGAAAGUUCAUAUUUCAGCCCUCUCUGCUUUAAUUGAUCACAAAUGGGCAUUGGACUCGGACAUAGCAAGAUUUAUGACAACGGUCUUAAAAAUUAAGCCUUCCAUUAAACCCAUUACAACACCUUGGGAUCUUCCUCUGGUCUUUAAAGCUCUUAAAGCAGAUCCCUUUGAACCAUUAGAAUCGAUUUCUUGUCAUCUCCUCACUAUCAAGACUGUUCUGUUGGUGGCCUUAGCCUCUGGGAGAAGGGUGUCAGAUCUUCAGGCUGUUUCUGCUGAAGAACCUUUUACUAUAUUUCAUAAAGACAGAGUCAUUCUAAGGACAGUUCCAGAAUACCGUCCUAAAGUAACUUCGGAGUUCCAUGUUAAUGAAGAAAUAAUACUCCCUGCACUGAUUCUAGAAAAAUCAGACGACAGAGAAGACACUGACUUGAGGGCUAUUGACUUAGUGAGAUGCCUCAAGAUAUAUGUACAGAGAUCAUCAGAAUGGCGUAUUUCUAAAAGGCUUUUUGUUGUUCCUAACGGCUCUUGGAAGGGCCUCCAAGCCUCUAAAUCCAGGAUCAGUAGAUGGAUAGUUGCAGCUAUUAUACAAUCAUAUAAAGCAUCUCAAACAAGUAUCCCUGAAGGUCUAAAAGCAAAACUACACGUCCUCUUUCCUCAUCCUGGGCAGCUGCUGCAAGAGUUUCGGCAGAACUGAUUUGCAAAGCGGCCACUUGGUCAUCCUCAAAUAUGUUUAUCAGACAUUAUCAUUUAGACGUAAAGGCUGGUCAAUACGAUGCAUUUUGAAAAUCUGUUCUUUUCGCAUCUAAUGAUUAAUUUUCCUCUUUCAAUGUUUGUCACGUUUGGUUAUUUGUGCCAAUACACUUGCACUUGCAGUAUAUCUUAAUUGUCUGAGUUUUCUUUCCCUCCCUUAGUUAUUGCUUGGGUAUUACCCAUUGUUGUGUUGCCAUUGAUAUGGCCAGGAAAGAGAAAAAUGUACUCAUACUUACCGUAAUUUUCUUUUCCUGGUCAUAGGCCAUAGCAGCACAAGGAUCCCACCCAGGGAUAUUGCUGUUAACUAGACUGAGGGAGGAGGAGGUAGGAGGGGGUAUUUGUACCUUUAUUUUAAUUAGUUCCUGUCUGAUUAGGGAUAAGGGAGGAGCUACCCAUUGUUGUGCUGCCAUGGCCUAUGACCAGGAAAAGAAAAUUAGAGUAAGUAUGAGUACAUUUUUCUCUUUCUCAGAUCAUAGUCCAUGUCACCGCUAUGAAAGAUAACCACAUUGAUUGGUCUAUUGAAGCAAAGCCUUCUUUUAAUCUCUUGAAAGCUGCUUUUGCUUAUGCUCCAGUUUUGGUUCAUCCAGCUUAUUCUAGACAAUUCAUUCAGUGUUGUGGUUCUUUCCCAGGGAGCGACCCCUAGGGCACCUUUUGCAUCUUUGGGGUUCCUUUUCUCACAAGUUGAAUACAACAGAAAGAAGCUAUGAUAUUGUUAUAAAGAAACUUUUAGAGUUAGUGUUAGCUCUUAAAGUAUGGCAUCAGAAUGGAAGGAGGGAGAGUGCGGUGUGUGCAGGGGCAGAAAGUGCGUUGUGUGUGUGGGGGGAUGACAGAGAGUGCGUUGUGGGCAGGGGACAGAGAGUGUGGUGUGUGCAUGUGGGGGGCCAAGAGUGCAGGGUGUGUGUGUGGGGAAGCAGAGAAUGCAGUGUUUGCAGGGGUUAAAAAGAGUGUGAGAUGUGUGCAGUGUGGCAGAGAGUGCGUUGUGGGUGGGUGGCAGGGGGGGGCAGAGAGUGCGUUGUGGGUGGGUGGCUGUGGGGGGGCAGAGAGUGCGAUGUUUGUGGUGUUUUAGACCAAACAAAGUGUUUGCUUGAAUAUCUGCCCCUGUCCAGAUUUCAAAGUAUAAGUGCAUGCACGCCGAAGAAAUCACACUGACAACAGAAUCAGUUAAUGAAAGCUUCGAGGAAUGUUUACUUAGGGGGUGGCAAGCCCCUUAUAAAGGCAGAAAUACAUCACAUGCAAAAUAUGGGAGGACAUGAAAUGUACAUUCUAAUUGGUAUUUGUUUAAAUGUUUUUAUCUUGAUGGACUUCCUACAGGGUGUGAGGUCAUCAGCAUCCUGGGUGCAGCUCCGGAUGGAGACGCCAUCUUAUUACAUGAAAUUCUUUAGUUGAUGGGAGGGGGUGCUCUAGUGGCCAUUUUGAGUAGUUAAUAAAAGCACAGAUGCACAUAGUAAAUAGAAAUUUUACUAGCAUUAAUUUCUAUUCAUCACAGUGGGGGGGGGCAGAGAGUGCAGUGUGCAGGGGCAGGUGGCAGAGAGUGCGGUGUGGGCAGUGGCAGCAGAGAGUGCGGUGUGGGCAGUGGCAGCAGAGAGUGCGGUGUGUGGGGAAGAGGCAGAGUGCGGUGUACUUAUUAUUUUCAUCACAUUUAAACCUUUCAGGCCCUCUCAACGUCGGUAGCCCAGCUGUACCUGGCCCAGUCCGGUGACCGAUGGAUAAAGCAGUGCUGUGGAGUCCUGUGCUUUGUGAAAGAUAACCCACGCCGUUCUUACUUCAUCCGUCUGUAUGAUCUUACGGUACGUGUCACAUUAUGGGCACUUCUGAAUAAAAACAUUGUUUUCCUUUCCAAAUGGUGAAAAUAGUAUCUUCACAAACGUUGGUCAAAACUUCCCAGCUUGGGGUUUUUGGCAUAUAAUCUGGCCUGGGCGGUGUCUGGUUCUGGUACCCUGGCAUAUGAUCUGGCCUGGGUGGUGUCUGGUUCUGGUACCCUGGCAUAUGAUCUGGCCUGGGCGGGGUCUGGUUCUGGUACCCUGGCAUAUGAUCUGGCCUGGGUGGUGUCUGGUUCUGGUACCCUGGCAUAUGAUCUGGCCUGGGCAGGGUCUGGUUCUGAUACCCUGGCAUAUGAUCUGGCCUGGUUCUGGUACCCUGGCAUAUGAUCUGGCCUGGGCAGUGUCUGGUUCUGGUAUCCUGGAAUAUGAUCUGGCCUGGGCGGUGUUUGGUUCUGGUACCCUGGCAUAUGAUCUGGCCUGGGCAGUGUCUGGUUCUGGUACCCUGGAAUAUGAUCUGGCCUGGGCGGGGUCUGGUUCUGGUACCCUGGAAUAUGAUCUGGCCUGGGUGGUGUCUGGUUCUGGUAUCCUGGAAUAUGAUCUGGCCUGGGCGGUGUCUAGUUCUGGUACCCUGGAAUAUGAUCUGGCCUGGGCGGUGUCUGGUUCUGGUACCCUGGAAUAUGAUCUGGCCUGGGCGGUGUCUGGUUCUGGCCUGGGCAGUGUCUGGUUCUGGUAUCCUGGAAUAUGAUCUGGCCUGGGCGGUGUCUAGUUCUGGUACCCUGGAAUAUGAUCUGGCCUGGGCGGUGUCUGGUUCUGGUAUCCUGGAAUAUGAUCUGGCCUGGGCGGUGUUUGGUUCUGGUACCCUGGAAUAUGAUCUGGCCUGGGCGGGGUCUGGUUCUGGUACCCUGGAAUAUGAUCUGGCCUGGGCGGUGUCUGGUUCUGGCCUGGGCAGUGUCUGGUUCUGGUAUCCUGGAAUAUGAUCUGGCCUGGGCGGUGUCUAGUUCUGGUACCCUGGAAUAUGAUCUGGCCUGGGCGGUGUCUGGUUCUGGUAUCCUGGAAUAUGAUCUGGCCUGGGCGGUGUUUGGUUCUGGUACCCUGGAAUAUGAUCUGGCCUGGGCGGGGUCUGGUUCUGGUACCCUGGAAUAUGAUCUGGCCUGGGCGGUGUCUGGUUCUGGUACCCUGGCAUAUGAUCUGGCCUGGGCGGUGUCUGGUUCUGGUACCCUGGCAUAUGAUCUGGCCUGGGUGGUGUCUGGUUCUUGUACCCUGGCAUAUGAUCUGGCCUGGGCAUUGUCUGAGUCUGGUACACUGCUCAGACUCAGACACUGGGCGGUGUAUGGUUCUGGUACCAUGGCAUAUGAUUUGGCCUGGGUGGUGUAUGUUUCUGGUACCCUGGCAUAUGAUCUGGUGUAGGCGGUGUCUGAUUCUGGUACCCUGGCACAUGAUCUGGCCAUGGCAGAGUCUGCUAAUGUGGGAAUUACAAAUAAUAGCCCCAAAUCGAUGUAUUAGUAAAAGCUGUUUUUCCUUUCUGUUUCAGGAGGACAGAAUCCUGUGGGAGCAGGAGAUGUAUGAACAACUAAAGUACUCUGCUCCAAGGCCGUAUUUCCACACUUUUCCUUCAGAUGUGAGUGUCGCAAGUCAGUGCCUGAGAGGGAGCAGUGAGUGUGCUCAUUGCCAGGUGUGGGGGGGAGGCGGGGAGCAGUGAGUUUACUCAUUGCCAGGUGGGGGGGAGCAGUGGUUUGCUCAUUGCCAGGUGGGGGGGGAGCAAUGAGUGUGCUCAGUGCCAGGUGGGAGCAAUGAGUGUGUUCGGUGCUAUGUGGGUGGGAGCAAUGAGUGUGCUCGGUGUCUGGUGGGGGGGCGGUGAGCAGUGAGUGUGUUCAGUGCCAUGUGGGGGGGAGCAGUGAGUGUGUUCAGUGCCAGGUGGGGGGGGAGCAGUUAGUGUGUUUAAUGCCAGGUGGGGGAGCAGUGAGUGUGUUCAGUGCAAGGUGGGGAGCAGUGUGUUCAGUGCCAGGUUGGGGCAGUGAGUGUGUUCAGUGCCAGGGCAGUGAGUGUGCUCAGUGCCAGGAGGGUGGGAUUAAGGGUAGCAGUGAGUGUGCUCAAUGCCAGUGGGGAGCAAGGAGUGUUCAGUGCAAGGUGGGGGAGUUGUGUCAGUGCCAGGUUGGGGGCAGUGACCCAGCCAGGUAGGCGGCGUGCUCAGCGCCAGGAGGGAUUAAGGUGGGAGCAGUGAGUGUGCUCCAAUGCCGGUGGGAGCAGAGUGACCAGGUGGGGAGCAAUGAGUGAGCGCCAGGUGGGGCAGUGAGUGUGCUCAGUUUGAGGCGGGGAGCAGGAGGUGAUCAGUGCCAGCUGGGGAGGGGGGUAGUGGGUGUACUCAGUGCCAGGUGGGGGGCAGUGAGUUUGCUCAGUGCCAGGUGUGGGGGGAGCAGUGAGUGUGCACAGUGCCAGGUGUGGGGGGAGCAGUGAUUGUGGUUCAGUGCCAGGUUGGGGGGGAGCAGUAAGUAUGCUCAGUACUGAGAGGGGCUAAUAGGGGGAGCAGUGAAUGUGCACAGGUUGAAGGGAGGAGCAGAGAGUGUGCUCAGUGCCAGGUGGGGGGGAGCGGUGAGUGUGCUCAGUGCCAGGUGUGGGGAGCAGUGAUUGGGGUUCAGUGCCAGGUUGAAUGGAGGAGCAGAGAGUGUGCUCAGUGCCAGGUGGGGGGGAGCAGUGAGUGUGCUCAGUGCCAGGUGAGGGAACAGUGAGUGUGAUCAGUGCCAGGUGUGGGGGGAGCAGUGAUUGUGGUUCAGUGCCAGGUGGAGGGGAGCAGUGAGUGUGCUCAGUGCCAGGUGUGGGGGGAGCAGUGAGUGUGCACAGUGCCAGGUGUGGUGGGAGCAGUGAUUGUGGUUCAGUGCCAGGUUGGGGGGGAGCAGUAAGUGUGCUCAGUGCUGAUAGGGGCUAAUGGGGGGAGCAGUGAGUGUGCACAGGUUGAAGGGAGGAGAAGAGAGUGUGCUCAGUGCCAGAUGGGGAGGGUAGUGAGUGUGCUCAGUUUGAGGUGGGGGGAGCAGUGAUUGUGAUCAGUGCCAGGUGGGGGUGGCAGUGAGUGUGCUCAGUUUGAGGUGGGGGGAGCAGUGAGUGUGCUCAGUGCCAGCUGGGAGGGGGGGUAGUGGGUGUACUCAGUGUGGUGGGGCCAGUGAGUUUGCUCAGUGCCAUGGAGUGUGCACAGUGCCUGUGUGGGGAGCAGUGAUUGUGGUUCAGUGCCAGGUUUGGGGGGAGCAGUGCUGCUCAGUGCCGAGAGGGCCAAUGGGGAGCGUUGAGUGUAAGUGCCAGGUGGGGGGGACAGUGGGGUGCCCAGGUUGAGGUGAGGAGCAGUGAGAGUGCCAGCGGGAGGGGGGGGUAGUGGGUGUACUCAGUGCCAGGUGGGGCCAGUGAGUUUGCUCAGUGCUGUGGGGGAGCAGUGAGUGUGCAGUGCCAGGUGGGGGGAGCAGUGAUUGUGGUUCAGUGCCAGGUUUGGGGGAGCCGUGCUCAGUGCCGAGGGGCGGGGGGGAGCAGUGAGUGUGCCUGGUUGAGGUGGGGGAGCAGUGAGUGCCUAGUGCCAGCUGGGGAGGGGGGUAGUGGGUGUACUCAGUGCCAGGUGGGGGGCAGUGAGUUUGCUCAGUGCCAAGUGUGGGGGAGCAGUGAUUGUGGUUCAGUGCCAGGUUUGGGGGGAGCAGUAAGUGUGCUCAGUGCCGAGAGGGGCGAUGGGGGGAGCAGUGAGUGUGCUCAGGUUGAGGUGGGGGGAGCAGUGAGUGUGCUCAGUGCCAGCUGGGGAGGGGGGUAGUGGGUGUACUCAGUGCCAGGUGGGGGGCAGUGAGUUUGCUCAGUGCCAAGUGUGGGGGAGCAGUGAUUGUGGUUCAGUGCCAGGUUGGGGGGAGCAGUAAGUGUGUUCAGUGCCGAGAGGGGCUAAUGGGGGAGCAGUAAGUGUGCACAGGUUGAAGGGAGGAGCAAAGAGUGUGCUCAGUGCCUGCGGACAGAUUGUGACAGUUUGCCUCUCUCAGGAAAGCCAGGCUGCUCUGAAUUUUGCUGAUGAAGCAGAGGCUGUGAGUUUUCGUGCAGUUGUGGAAGAAAAAAUACAGAAGAAACACAGACAAGGUGAAGUAAUUAAUAUUUCAGUUGGCGUAAUUAAAAGGUUACUCCAAACACCAUAACCACUUCAGUUAUUUAAAGUAGUCAUGGUGCCUGGAGUCGAUAUGAAAUGCCGCAUAUGCAGUGAUUAAUAGCUGGCAGAGGUGUAAUUCCACCAGACGGUUAAGGUCAAUGGCAGCAAGACCCAAGCCCACGGUGUCAUCUGUCCUUCAGAAAGGAUUACUCUAACUAAAAGCAGUGUUUUGUUGGUUGGAGUAUCCCUGCAAUGAAUAUACUAGCUGCAUGUACAGUAUAUAUGUUUUGUUAAGGGUUAGACCUAUUCACUAAAGUGAGUAAUGUCGGGAAUCAAAGAAUUUCACAUUUAGGCCAAAAUGACCAAAUUAGAAAAAUUAAACUACUUUUUUUUUUUUGUGUGUGUGGCUAUUUUGGUCUUAAAGGGACACUGUAGUCACUAUAACUAUUUCAUCUCAUUGAAGUAGUUAGUGUCUGGAGUACUCUGGCACGGUCCAUCCAUUCAGUGUGAAACGAAAUUAGAGCAGUUUAACACUAAAUAAGGCUUCAUGGCAACCCACAGUCCAGUCUCUUCUGGAGGUGUGGCUAAGGCAGAGAUUUCAUACUUACUUGUAGUCAUACCCUACUUACGUCUGUUGGAGCUCUGGUAUGCUAAAAGCAGUCAGCUGACACUCUUAACCCCUUCCCGACCAAGGACUUAUAAUGUACGUCCGACAAAAAAUGGUCUUUAAGGACUGCAGACUUACGUGAUACCAGGGAUCGACCGAUUAUCGGUCUGGCCGAUAUUCGGUAUUUUCGGCAAUAUCGGUAUCGGCCUAUAGAGAUACCGAUAUUGCAGAUAAUACAUACCAGGACCGCCGGACCCAUGACAAGCCCGGCGGUCCUGGGGGGCCCGCAGCAAGCUCUUACUUACCUUCCCAGCAGCUCCCUUGAGCUCCCCUGUGUAAAUCUUGCGAAUCCCGCGGCCGUCAGAGCGUUGCCAUGGGUUGCCAUGAAGGGAGCUGCUGGUGAGGUAAGUAAGAACUUGCUGCGGGCCUCCUCCACUGCACAGUCCAUGCCACGGGACCACCAAGGAAUGCCAUAUUCCCCCUCCGUGGCCAAAUAAGAAGCAGGGAGGGGGGGGACUAAAUGUUUUUUUUAAAUAUAAAAAAAAAAAUUUUCAUAAAAAAUGCCCCCCCUCCCCCCAAAUUACAUACAUACAGAAACACACUGUAACGGACCAUUUUGCACACAAGGGGUUAAAACCGUUUAGGCAAUCGUCCCCUUUCCGAGAUGCAGGCACAGCUACUGUAGAACACCAAACUCCCAAACCGCAAAUAAGGGAAUGCUCUAAUCUCCCGAACGGCAUACAAUAUAACACUCCAAACUCACGAACUGGAACCAUACGAAUCGCUGCUAGCAGACGAAUAGGAAAAGCACCCAAGCGGCUUACACUCCUAGCAAUCAGUCUCUAUCAGGAUUCAGUAAAUCCCCCCAAAGACGAGACAAGGCUCCGUGUUGCGUGUCAAGCAGUGGUCUGUUUAAUGAGGUAUUUAUGCAGGUCUCCCACCUGGUGGACACUCCCCUAGGGGACCAAAUUGGAGACUGUGACAAAGGACAGACAAUCAUCAAUCUAGGACACACAGUCACAUUAUAUUCCCACAGUGCAUCCUGGCUUCCUCCCCUCUGCCCUGGAGAUAAUUGAGAAGUAAUUCAAUUAUCUCCCAGGACAAAGGCAAAUCGCCAUUAUGCACGUGGGGAUACUAAAACAAGAAUUACUAUUAAAAUACACUAUGUAAGACACAUUACAAUAAAACUAUACAUUUAACAUAUCCCCAGAUAGCUCAGGUCUGAGCGCACAUUAUUAAGCGAAUGGUGCUCAGACCACACGAAUACAGUUCAAUCGCCAUGGAGCCAAAGUCUUUACAAAGUCAGUUCUCAUACGAAUGAGCUCCAUGGGAUUCCUAUCUGGGGUAUAAUGCACAGGUACAGCUACCGAAUACCGGGCCGUUCGUGUACUUCCACCGAACAAAAAGGGAGGUCGGCGGCUUCAGUGGUGUUCGCGCCAAACUGUAUCCGUUUUUAGUUCCAUGAGUUAGGCGUCGAACACCACUGUGCAUUCGCGUAUUUAAAAUGGCCGCGACCUCGUGUUCGUGAUACGAAUGGCGGCCACCCAGUAUUCGUCAAUUAAGCUGCGGUUAACCACAGCUUCUGGGAGGCUAAUUGCCGGCACACUCCAGCUCCCAGAUGGUCUAGUCUUUCGUGCGGUUGUUCGGUAGAUUGAAUCUACCGAACACCGGGCAGAAAAGCACGAAUAAGUCUUUUCUGCAGGGGAAAAGAUGUCUUUUAACAUGGGGCCAUAGUCCAAAGGCAGCAGUAGAGCAACCAGGGUUCUCCAAUGCAAUGUGGCGAGAUUGCUUUCGUCAUGCACACUGCAUUAUAUAAACACACUACACAAACACACACUCUGCAUUCAUUAUAUACAAACACUGCAUUCACUAUACACACACUGCACAAACACACACACUCUGCAUUCAGUAUAUAUACACACACACUACACAAACACACUGCAUUCACUUUACACACACCACACACUACAUUCACUAUACACACACUACACAAACACACACACUCUGCAUUCAUGAUAUACCCACUACACAAACACUCACUGCAUUCACUAUACACACUACACAAACACACUCUGCCUUCAUUAUAUACACACACACUACACAAAUACACACUGCAUCCACUACACAUACACACUACACAAACACACACAGCUCCACUGUCUAAACACACUGCAUCCACUACAUGUGGCAUGUACACUGCUCAACAACAAAAAAAGGAACACAAAAAUAACACAUCCUAGAUCUGAAUGAAUUAAAUAUUCUUCUGAAAUACUUUGUUCUUUACAUAGUUAAAAAAUGGAAAUCAAAUUUUUCAACCCAUGGAGGUUUGGAUUUGGAGUCACACUCAAAAUUAAAGUGGAAAAACACACUACAAGCUGAUCCAACUUUGAUGUAAUGUCCUUAAAACAAGUCAAAAUGAGGCUCAGUAGUGUGUGUGGCCUCCACGUGCCUGUAUGACCUCCCUACAAUGCCUGUGCAUGCUCCUGAUGAGGUGGUGGAUGGUCUCCUGAGGGAUCUCCUCCCAGACCUGGACUAAAGCAUCUGACAACUCCUGGACAGUCUGUGGUGCAACGUGACGUUGGUGGAUGGAGCUAGACAUGAUGUCUCAGAUGUGCUCAAUUGGAUUCAGGUCUGGGGAACGGGCGGGCCAGUCCAUAGCAUCAAUGCCUUCGUCUUGCAGGAACUGCUGACACACUCCAGCCACAUAAGGUCUAGCAUUGUCUUGCAUUAGGAGGAACCCAGGGCCAACCGCACCAGCAUAUGGUCUCACAAGGGAUCUGAGGAUCUCAUCUCGGUACCUAAUGGCAGUCAGGCUACCUCUGGCGAGCACAUGGAGGGCUGUGCGGCCCCCCAAAGAAAUGCCACCCCACACCAUUACUGACUCACUGCCAAACCGGCCAUGCUGGAGGAUGUUGCAGGCAGCAGAACGUUCUCCACGGCGUCCCCAGACUCUGUCACGUCUGUCACAUGUGCUUAGUGUGAACCUGCUUUCAUCUGUGAAGAGCACAGGGCGCCAGUGGUGAAUUUGCCAAUCUUGGUGUUCUCUGGCAAAUGCCAAAUGUCCUGCACGGUGUUGGGCUGUAAGCACAACCCCCACCAGUGGACGUCGGGCCCCCAUACCACCCUUUGAGCAGACACAUGCACAUUUGUGGCCUGCUGGAGGUCAUUUUGCAGGGCUCUGGCAGUGCUCCUCUUGUUCCUCCUUGCACAAAGGCGGAGGUAGCGGUCCUGCUGCUGGGUUGUUGCCCUCCUACGCCCUCCUCCACGUCUCCUGAUGUACUGGCCUGUCUCCUGGUAGUGCCUCCAUGCUCUGGACACCAUCCUGACAGACACAGCAAACGUCCUUGCCACAGCUCGCAUUGAUGUGCCAUCCUGGAUGAGCUGCAGUACCUGAGCCACUUGUGUGGGUUGUAGACUCAUGCUACCACUAGAGUGAAAGCACUGCCAGCAUUUAAAAGUGACCAAAACAUCAGCCAGGAAGCACUGGAACUGAGAAGUGGUCUGUGGUCAACACCUGCAGAACCACUCCUUUAUUGGGGGUGUCUUGCUAAUUGCCUAUAAUUUCCACCUGUUGUCUAUCCCAUUUGCACAACAUCAUGUGAAAUUGAUUGUCACUCAGUGUUGCUUCCUAUGUGGACAGUUUGAUUUCACAGAAGUGUGAUUGACUUGGAGUUACAUUGUGUUGUUUAAGUGUUCCCUUAAUUUUUUUGAGCAGUGUACAUUUGUGCAUUUACCGUUAGAAAUAGUUUCGUUUUUCAAAAUAGUAAAUGUACAGAAUAUCGAUAAGUUAUCAGCUAUCGGCCCGAAAAUUCACAGAUUAUCGGCUCUAAAAAAAUCAAUCACGGUCGGGGCUGCCGGAGACCCCAGCAGUCCCCCUGCAGCACCCCGGCCCUCCAGGGUCAUGUGAUCACCAUGAUUACAUUGCCGCAAUAGGAGUCUAGGAGCUGCCAGCAAAGGGACUGUCUGAGCUAUCAGACAGUCCCCCAGGCUGCUAAAAAGUAAAAAUAUAAAAUAAAUAUAUUAUACAUAUAUAUGUAUAAUAUAUUAUAAAAUAAUUAAAGCAUUUUAUAAUAUAUUAUACAUAUAUAAUGCAUAUAUAUGAUUUCAUUAUAAGUGUACUUUGAGAUAUAUACAUAUAUCUUAAAAUACACUUAUAAUGAAAUCAUAUAUAUAUACACAUUAUAUAUGCAUAAUAUAUUAUAAAAUGCUUUAAUCUUAAUAUAUUAUACAUAUAUAGGAAAUAAAAGUGUGUGUGUAUGCAGUGGUGUAUCCUGGUUUUGUGCUGCCCUAGGCAGGACAAAACUCAGGCACCCCCCCGCGCCACCCCCACCCGCGCAACCGCCACCCAACCUUCCCCCCUGCUCCGCCUUCUAAAUACACACACACACAUUCACUGACAGAUACGCAUUCACUAGCUAACAGAAACACACAGUCACUAACAGACACACACACUCACAGGCAAACACACACACUCACAGGCAAACACACACACUAACAGACAUCCACACUAACAGACAUCCACACUAACAGACAUCCACACUAACAGACAUCCACACUAACACUAACAUACAUACACUAACAUUAACAUACACACUAACACUAACAGACACACACACUAACAGACACAAACACUAACAUACACUAACAUACACACACUAACAGACAUCCACACACACACUAACAUACACACACUAACACUAACAUAAACACUAACAUACACACACUAACAGACACACUAACAUACACACACUAACAGACACACAAUAACAGACAUCCACACACACACUAACAUACACACACAUACAUACACACACUAACAUACACACUAACAGACUUCCACACACACACUAGUGUUUUUUUUUUUUCUUUAACCCCCCCCAGCCUCCUUACCUUUGGUAAUGCUGGGGGGGGUUUCUUCCUCUCCCUGGGGUCCAGUGGCUGCAGCGCUGGGUGGACGGGCGGCGAGGGAGCUCUUCCCCUGAGCGCUCUGCUCAGCUCCCUUGCGCGCCGCCAGCAGAGUGAGGCUGGGAGCCGGAAUAUGACGUCAUCUUCCGGCUCCCGGCCUCACUCUGCUGGCGGCGCGCGAGGGAGCUGAGCAGAGCGCUCAGGGGAAGAACUCCCUCGCCGGCCGCCCGCCCAGCGCUGCAGCCACUGCCGCCCAGCGCCCAGAAUGUCUGUUAGCCGUGAGGCUAACAAGACAUUUGCCCUGGGCAUUUGGGGGGCAGCGUUUUUUGCCGCCCCCUGAAAAAUGCUGCCCAAGGCAAAUGCCUUGUUUGCCUCGCGGCUAAUACGCCCCUGUGUGUAUGUAUAUAUAUAUAUAUAUAUAUAUACACGCAUUAUGUGUGUGUGUGCGCAUAUAUAUGUUGUGGCGGCCUCCCUGAUGAGAAGAAGGGGUUCGCCACCAGAGAUGUUCUUUUCCCCCUAGUGGGAGGGAUGCUAUAGAGCAGAGCAGGAACAGGAACAGCUCUUAAAACAGCUAGUGAUUAAGCACUCCAAGCAGAAGAAAGAGACUGUUAUAGGUUUUUCCCACAAACAUUAGACGAGGCUCUAUGCUGUGAGAUGACUGAGUUAAAUGGAGCCACAUGCAGCCUUUUAUGGCAAUCCCCAUGCAAGUGGCACUCCCCUCUGGACCUGAGAGUAGACUACAGUAAACACAAUUCUACAAUGGCAUUGGCUCUCAGGUCCAGGAUACUCCCAUACACAAACAAUGGAAUCCCUCCUUUGUGCUUGGGAGAUAAUUGAAUAAAGCAUUGUAGUCACAUAAUCCAAUUAUCCCCAAGCACAGAAAAAAAUAUACUUUUACACAGUAUCCUGAAAGUACUCCCAAAACUCAUGGAAACCCCGCAAAAGUGAUAUCCCCUAAUAGCCCCGAUCUGGGGGACCAACAUUUUCAAAGAUCACCCAGAUAGGUUCAGGGGUUUGGGAUUUCCAUGAAAGUCACAUUAUGACCAACCACACACGAGGCUCCUGCCCAAAAGAGUUCCAUGAAAUCAGUCUGUGCGGUCAGUCUAUUUCGGGAACACAUAAAAUAGUUAAAAUACCGAACGUAAUUGUUCGUAUGGAUACUUGGUUGAUGUAUCUGGUUCGAGAGUUUGUUUCUACAAAACGCCGCUCUUUUUACAUGAAUCUAGGCGAAUGUAGGAAGGCAUGGAAGUACCAGUGGUGUUCUGAUUAUAAUUCCAUGCACUCGACGACCACAGCUGUAUGUAUUCACAGCUAAUGGCCGCUGCCACGUGUUCGUAUGUUGAAUGACGACCACCUAGCCGAUCGCCUAUUAAGUUGCGGUUACAUGUAUAUCAGGGAGGUUAAUAGGCUGCACACUCCACUUGCGGGUGGUCCGACUGUUUAUUAGUUUGUUCGGUAGGGGACUAAAAUACAGAAUAAACGAAAGGGAAGGCAAUAUCCCGAACCCCCCCACCCGCCCCCCACACACAAACAUAUAUAUAUAUAUAUAUAUAUAUAUAUAUAUAUAUAUAUAUAUAUAUAUAUAAUAUAAAUUUGAAAAAAAUCAUUUAUAAAAAAAACCACAUAAAAAUGCUAAAUUUGGCCAGCAUUUCUGACUAAGUGGCUACUACAAAAGACUGGAAAUACCCCAUUUGAAAUCAUGGUAUUCCAUGAUGGGGUUAUUUCACAUUCCUGGGCUACCAUAUGGUCUCAAAAGGGAACACAAACCCAGCAAACCAAUCUGGCAAACUGAAUUGGGCAAGCCCUAUAUUGACCCUGUAACUUUCCAAAACACCAUAAAACCUGUACAUGGGGGGCUAUUGUUAUACUUGGGAGACUUCGCUGAACACAAAUAUGAGUGUUUAAAACAGUUAAAUGUAUCACAACAAUGAAAUCACCAGUAAAAGUGCAGUUUUUGUGUAAAAAAAAAAUGCAAAAAAACGAAUAUGAACGCUAACUUUGGCAAGCGUUUGUGGCUACUACAAAAGACUGGACAUACCCCAUUUUGAAUAGCGUGGUUGUCUACUUUUACAAAUUGUAUGCCAUGAUGGAGUUACAUUUCAUUCUUGGGCUGCUAUACGGUCUCAAAGGCAACACAGGGCCAGCAAACCAAUCUGGCAAAUUUCAAUGUGCAAACAUGGAAAAGAGGAAAAGUCCUACAUCUGACCCCUGUAAGUUUGCAAAAACCCAGAAAACAUGUACAUUGGGGGUACUGUUGUACUCAGGAGAUGUUUGCUUAACACAUAUUGUGGUGUUCUUUGUCAGUAACACUUAACAGGAACUGAGAAUCCAUGCCUAAAGUACAAUGUGAGAGAAAAAUAACAAAAAAAUGACUAUCCAAAAGUUUGGCAAAGACUAGUGGUAGAAUUAGUGCACCUAAAGUGUUAAAAUACCACCAUUUGAAAUACCCUAGGGUGUCUUCUUUUCAAAAAUGUAUAGUUUGAUGGGAGUAAAUUACAUUGGCCGGCUUCAAAAAUGUCCCAAAUAGGACAUGGGUGCAUGAUGACCAGCUGUGAAAAUUCCAAGUUGGAAAACUGGAAUGCACACCCUCCAAAUAAGGUAUUUUAGCCCCAAGGAACCCGACACACCUGUACAUAGGUGGUAUCACUGUACUCAGGAGAUGUUUCUGAACACAUAUUGGGGUGUUCUUUGGCAGUAACCCUUAAAGUUCACCAUACAUGUAUUCUUAAAUUGCUAUGUGUGUCAAAAAAAUCACCAAUUAUUAUUAUUUUGUUUAAUUUGUCAUAGAUUGGUGGUAAAAUGGUUGCAUGAAUAGAGUCAAAAUACCCCAAGUUUAAUACCGUGAAGGGUUAUUUAGGGAUUCCUGACAGAUAUCAGUGGUAACUUGCGUUAAUUUUGAAAAGAAAAAUGGUUUGGAAAUAGCAAAGUGCUACUUGUACUUAUAGCCCUAUAACUUGCAAAAAAAAGCUAAGAACAUGUUAACAUUGGGCAUUUCUAAACUCAGGACAAAAUUUAGAAACUAUUUAGCACGGGGGUUUUUUGGCGGUUGUAGAUGCGUAACAAAUUUUGGGGGUCAAAGUUAGAAAAACUGUGCUUUUUAAAUUUAUUUUUUUCAUCAUAUUUUAUAAUUUUUUUUAUAGUAAAUGAUAUGAUAUGAUGAAAAUAAUGGUAUCUUUAGAAAGACCAUUUAAUGGCGAGAAAAACGGUAUAUAAUAUGUGGGGGUUCAGUAAAUGAGUAAGAGGAAAAUUACAGCUAAACACAAACACCGCAGAAAUUUAAGAACAGCCUUGGUCCUUAGCGGUAAGAAAAUUGAAAAACGGUUUGGUCACUAAGGGUUUAACCAAUCACUGUAGGCCAUUGCUGCUCAGGAUAAUGCUACCUCAUUAUCCCAAGCAGCACAGAGGGGAUAGGCUGCUGAAGACUCUAGUUUACCAUUAAAAUAUAUAAACCAAGGGACUACAGAUAUUAUAACCAGUUUAUGAUUCCCCACAAUUCUCACUGUAGUGAAAGCCCUUUAAAUUUCCAUUGUAACGUUAAUAUUUCUUUUUUUAUGCAGAAAAACGCCAGACUCUGCCCCCUCCUCCUCCUGUGUCAGAUGGUAAGCUCAGCUCUCUCUGUUUCACCCUCUCAAAUAUGGUGGUCAGCCCAUACUAACCCGUAUUAGGUGGUCAGCCCAUCAUACCCUAUAUUGGGUGGUCAGUCCAUCCUACCCCGUAUCGGGUGGUCAGUCCAUCCUACCAUGUAUUGGGUGGUCAGUCCAUCCUACCCGUAUCGGGUGGUCAGUCCAUCCUACCCCAUAUCGGGUGGUGAGUUCAUCCUAACCCGUAUUGGGUGGUCAGCCCAUCAUACACCGUAUAGGUAGGUCAGCCUAUCCUACCGUGUAUCAGGUGGUCAGCCCAUCCUAACCCGUAUUGGGUGGUCAGACCAUCCUACACAUUAUAGGUAGGUCAGCCCAUCCUACCAUGUAUCAGGUGGUCAGCUCAUCCUAACCCGUAUUGGGUGGUCAGUUCAUUCUACCCCGUAUCUGGUGGUCAGCUCAUCCUAACCUGUAUUGGAUGGUCAGCCCAUCCUAUGCCCUAUAGGUUGGUCAGCCCAUCCUACCCUGUAUCAGGUGGUCAGCCCAUCCUAACCCAUAUCGGGUGGUCAGCACUUCCUACCCUAUAUUGGGUGGUUAGCCCAUUCUACCCUGUAUCGGGUGGUUAGCCCAUUCUACCCUGUAUCGGGUGGUCACCCCAUCCUAUCCAUGAUUGGGUGAUCAGCCCUUCCUAUCUGGAUUAGAUGGUAAGUCCACCUUUCCCUGUAUUAGAUGGUAUACCCACGUUCACCAGUAAUAGACCUUAAGCUCAUAUUUCCCUUUAUCAUAAAGGGAUAAAGAGGAUAAACAGUCUGUAAGCUGUAUAAGACAAUAGGGGAUAUUAAUCAAAGUGUCCUGGAAAGUUAAAUGUCAUCAUUAUCCAUCAUGCUUAUUAAAGUGAUCUGAAAGGUGACUCUUCACAUUAAAUGCAGCCAGUUUUCACAGAAAUUUCAAUUUCAGAAGAUUGUGAACGUUCUAGUGUUGGGGAAUUUCUGUCAGAAAAAGUUGUGAAAAUAUUCAUCAAUACAUUGUGUCAUCUUCAAAAAUUACGGUUCAGGUGCAAAAAACAAAAAUUGCAACACAUGAUAAAAAUCCAACAGAUUUAUUAAAAAUCCACAAAUGUGCCACAAAUUUGCUGAAAGUUAGAUGGAGAAUGAGCGUUGAUAAAUCGCCCCCCAUUAAGUCUGCCCUCCCCAGCACUUUACCUGUAUUUGUCUGACAGCUACAUUCUGUGUUCAAACAGAAAGGAGGAACACUCUGCCCCUGCCACCUCCACCGGGACAACUGCCAAAUGGUAAGACAUUAAAACGCCGUGUUUCUGGGAUGGGAGAUGGGCAGGGAUAGAGCACUCAUUACAAUAUAAUAAAAUAUAACACUCUUUCUAUAACACAUCAUACACUCUGGGAUUAAUGAGCAAUGGUUGCAGUGGUACAAUGUUUGCAUAAUGAACGGUUAGAGUGCAUUUUAUCUUUAGACAUGUAUUUAUUUCCUGAUAAAGUAACAUACAUGAGAUGAGAGAGAAAUGGACAUUGCUCAUUUAUAAAGCAUCAGCACUAAGGACAGGCCGGCUGCGUGUUUCGCCACAUACAGAUAUAAGAUGAGCAGCGGAUUAGAGAAUGUCACUUCUGGGCCAGAAUAACCCACCCCCUGCCUGGUACUAUGAAUAAAAGGAUGCAAGAUACCAGGAUUGCUCUACAAAUUAUACAAUAUGUCCAAAUGAUUUCAGGCCCACCCAGCCCGCAGCCACACAGCCCAUCUCUUGGCCUAAACAUGGCUGCUGUCAGCAUCUCGAACCCAGACAUUACAUCCUCCAGGUAUCGAGCCUUGCCCACUCCCAGCGACAAGGGCAAAAACAAGAAGGGCAAGAAAAAGUUCUCCAAGGCGGAUAUUGGAGCACCAAGCGGCUUCAAGUAAGGAACCAUGGGACUACUCUAAAUAGCAAUUAUUUGUAGCUCUGUUAAUAUCCAAGGAGCUUCAGCAUUGAGGUUCUGCAAACGUCAGGGGAGCUUCGGCAUUGGGGUUCUGCUACUGUCAGGGGAAUUAGGCAUUGGGGGUUCUGCUAAUAUCAAGGGAGCUUCGGCAUUGGGGUUCUGCUAGUAUCAAGGGAGCCUCGGCAUUGGGGUUCUGCUAAUAUCAAGGGAGCUUUGGCAUUGGGUGUUCUGCUAAUAUCAGGGGAGCUUCGGCAUUGGGUGUUCUGCUAAUAUCAGGGGAGCUUAGGCAUUCAGGUUCUGCUAAUGUCAGGGGAGCUUUGGCAUCGGGGUUCUGUUAAUGUCAGGGAAGCUUCGGCAUCGGGGGUUCUGCUAAUAUCAAGGGAGCUUCAGCAUUGGGCUUCUGCUAAUAUCAGGUGGCUUUUAUCAUAUCAGGGGGCAUUGGGGGAAGCUCUAGUAGUAAACUUCAAGUAAUAUGUGACUACCAGGCUGUGCACUGGGGAUCAGUAAGCUGAUAAGAUGUGGACUCAGGCAGGUAUGGUGGGCUUCUACCCUCUAUUCUGACAUGUUUUCUUCUUUCAUGCAGGCACGUCAGCCAUGUUGGUUGGGAUCCCAAUAACGGGUUUGAUGUAUGUAUAGACUCAGACUUCCUCACACCUUCUACUGUGAAUGAACGCACACUCACUCUCUAAGUGCACACUCAUUGUCUCCCAUUUAGAUGGACGCUUUGGACCCAGAGUUGCGCAAUCUGUUCAGUCGCGCAGGGAUCAGUGACGCUCAGCUGGCUGACGCAGAAACCUCUAAACUCAUCUAUGACUUCAUAGAGCAGCAGGGAGGGGUGGAGGCCGUGAAACAGGAAAUGAGGAAAAGUGGUAAGAAGUUACUGUCACAUCUCUGGAAAUUACAGUAAAUAAAACUUAGAAAAUCACCUGUAGCUUGUUUUAAAUAGUUUUAGCCUUUUAUGCCAAGUGAUGCUCCAUUUUAUUUUAAAAGGUGUGAUCACAAUCCACCUCAGUCCAGACAAUACUAACUAAUGUAUGAUGAGCAUUAUGAGGAUCAGAGCCAAGGAAAAGGGCCUUAAAAUAGGAACACAGUAUUAUUUAGGGAACAUGCUCAGAGUUAAAUGAUAGCACAGCGCCUUUUCUCUGUUUUACAUUUAGCAGGGGUAGAGUUUUGGGAGAAGGGCCUUCAUAUAUCAUUGAUUGACUUCUAUGUGAAUCUCUUAUUCCAGAACUUCCCCCACCACCUCCAUCCCGCAAUGCUCCCCUGCCUCCUCCACCAGGGCGGGUUAGAACAGGACCACUGCCACCACCCCCAUCUCGUGUCUCUUCUGUUCCACCACCACCUCCACCAUCACGAAGUACUCCACCACCACCACCACCUCCGGCGGUGCGUUCUGGAGCUCCACCUCCUCCACCACCACCACCACCACCACCUCCACCACCAGAGUGCCAAAUGGAUUACUCUGCUCCUCCUCCUCCGCCACCUCCAGAACUUUCAACAAAUCAGAGCCAGCAGCCCGCUGCACAGCCCCGAGGCCGAGGUGCCCUACUGGAUCAGAUUCGACAAGGGAUACAGCUUAAUAAGGUGAGGGUAGCAGAGAUGAUAAUAUGGUGACACAGAAGAAAUUAAAUAACCUUUCCUCUCAACUGCAUAGGUGACAGAAACAGCCGACGUCCCUGCUUCCCCUCAGCCGAGUUCAGAGGGUCUCGUUGGGGCUUUGAUGCACGUCAUGCAGAAGCGGAGCAAAGUCAUUCAUUCUUCAGGUAAAACAGAGCAAAGGGAACGCCAACAAGCCAGCAAUCCCCUAGACCUUGCUCCAGAUACCCUGGCACAUUAUGAGUUUAGUGCACUUUUCAAUUCACGAAGACAAAACAAAAUAUUUUUUAAAAACACAUGGCUCACUAAUUUAACCCCUUCACUACUGAGUACUUUUUAAAUUAAAAUAACACAUUUAUUUUAAAGCAAUGGAAGCAUAGCUUGCAUUUUUUUUUUCCUUAUUCGUUCAUCCGCUAUAAAAAAAAAAUUUGAAAUUUUUUUUUUUCGAUCGUAUACCGUGCCCUUUAUCAUGCAAUAUUUCACACGCCUGAUAUGUAACUAUACAAGAAAAAAUGCAAGUUUCUCAUGUCACAUACAAUAGGAGUAACCAAAUAAUACAUCAUUACAAAUGGACAAAAACCUCGCUUAGAGCUACUUGUAAGGAACCUAAAGGCAUCACUAGCAGCACAGCUUAAUAAAAUGGCAACAGAACGUAAAAAUAAUUUCUACUUGGAGCAUAAUGCCCACAUACAGUAAACACAGAUGAAGGGACACUAUAGUCAUCAGAACAGCUACAGCUUAUUGUAUUUGUUCUGGUGAUAAUAAUCAUUCCCUUCAGGCUUUUUGCAGUAAGCACUGUCUUUUCCGAGAAAAUGCAGUGUUUACAUUACAGCCUAGGAAUACCUCCACUGGCUACUCCUCAGGUGGCUGCUAGAGGUGCUUCCUGGGGCAGUGCUGCACAGUGUGACUGCCAUUCAGUGUCUCCACCCUCUGCAUGGAGACACUGAACUUUCCUCAUAGAGAUGCAUUGAUUCAAUGGAUCUCUAUGAGGAGAUUAUGAUUGGCCAGGGCUCUGUUUGGCUUGUCUCAGCCAAUCCUAUGGGAAAGCAUUGUGAUUGUUUCACAUAAUCACUUCUGAUGAUGUCAGCCAAGCAGGCUGAUUAGGGGCAGAGCCAGCAGCAGCAGACUACAAUAAAGGUACGAUUUUGCGAUAUUUAGAGGAGCUAAAUGGUGGUUUUAACACUUUAGGGUCAGAAAUAUGUUUGUGUUCCUGACCCUAUAGUGUGCCUUUAAAUUAAUAUACAGAGGCAUAUUUACUGCUAAUCGCACCAAUGACAAGCACUGACUUUGCACUCCUUGUCCAAACAUCUGACACACAUCUUUUAGAUAACCUUACCAUAAAAUCAGCUGUGAUGUGUGUGUAGCAUGCUGGCAGUAUGUAAUGUGUGUGUUUUGGUGGAUGUAUGUAAUGAGUGUGCGUGCUGGCCGUAUGUAAUGUGUGUGGUGCGUGCUGGCCGUAUGUAAUGUGUCUCUGCUGGCCAUAUGGAAUGUGUGUGGGGCGUGCUGGCCGUAUGAAAUGUGUGUGAGGCGUGCUGGCCGUAUGAAAUGUGUGUGGGGUGUGCUGGCCGUAUGGAAUGUGUCUGUGCUGGCCGUAUGGAAUGUGUGUGAGGCGUGCUGGCCGUAUGAAAUGUGUGUGGGGUGUGCUGGCCGUAUGGAAUGUGUCUGUGCUGGCCGUAUGGAAUGUGUGUGGUGCGUGCUGGCCAUAUGGAAUGAGUAUGUGUGGUGGCCGUAUGUAAUGUGUGUUGUGUGUGGUGGCCGUAUGUAAUGUGGGGUGAGCUGACUGUAUGUAUUUUUUGGUGGUUGUAUGUAAUGUGUGUGUGGGGUGAGCUGGUUGUAUGUGUGUAGUAUUUCUUCCAUAUUCAUUCGGUAGAUAUAACUACCGAACAGAGACCACCCCCUGGCUAGUUAAACUUCAAAUAAUGCUUCAAUUAAACACUCUAUCUGUGCGGGCAGCGUUCGUACUACCGAACGCCACGUGGCUGAGAAAACGGCGGCCAUCUUUUUUCAGGUGGACAAAGACAGUGGGACUUGGUCGUCGAGUGUCUGGAACUAAAAUCGGACACUCGACUUCCCGAACACCGGUCUCAACAAGCGAACGCUGGAUCUCUAUUCGGUACUUUUGUGCAUUCGAAUGAGGGGAACAAUCGCUUCUAAGAGCCAGGGGAAUUAUUUUUUUUCCACUUAACUGAAUAGACCGGCAAAACCACCCAAACUCCUGGAACUGUUUUGGGCAGCCACCUUGCGGUUAGCCGGUCACAAAGACUUCCACACUUUUUGAGAACCUCUGAACCGAUCUGGGUGAAAUUUGAAUAUGUUGGUCACCCAGAUCGGGGCUAGCAGGGGACAUAUUAUUUGUGGCGAUACCCCAUGUCUAAAGGGGUGUUCUGGAUAUUGGGGAAAAUUGUGAAUUUUCUCCCUGGAGAUAAUCAAGUUAUUACUUUAUCAGACUUGAUUAUCUCCAGAACUAGGGGAAGCAAAUGUAUGUUUGUGCUGGGUGUGUUUUACUGUUUUCCUGCAACUGAUUGGUUAUGCUGUGUCCCUCCCUGUGGGAUGUCCCCUUGCAUGGGGACUUGCAUAAAAGCCUGUGUGUGGUCAUUAAAAGCCAAUUCUGUUGUACCCUUUUUCUUGACUUCGGCUGAUGUUUGGGGAUUCGUAUGCUUUAUUAAGGGAAUUAUCUUGUAAAGCUAUUUGUAUUCGUAUGGAUUUCGUCUAUUCGAUCUACCGAACGGAGAGCUAUACUCACUGAUGCUCUGGCAGUUCGGGAGGAAACUACUGAAUGAGGAUUGGAUAUACUAGGUUUCCUUACAGUAUGUAAUAUGCGCUGGCUGUAUGUAAUGAGUGUGUGUGCUGGCCGUAUCUAAAGUUUGUGCGUGCGGCCUUAUGUAAAGCAUGUGGUACGUGGUGGCCGUAUGUAAUGUGUGUGUGUGCUGACUGUACGUAAUGUGUGUGUGGGGUGAGCUGGCUGUAUGUAAUAUGUGUGUUUUUGGUGGAUGUAUGUAAUGUGUGUGUGGGGUGAGCUGGCUGUAUUUAAUAUAUGCGCAGUUAGCUGACUGUAUCUAAGGUGUGUGUGGUGGCUAUGUGUGGUGUGCAAUGAGCUGAGUGUAUAUAAGGUGUGUGUGGUGGCUAUCUGUGGUGUGCAAUGAGCUGACUGUAUGUAAGGUGUGUGUGGUGGCUACGUGUGGUGUGCAGUUAGCUGACUGUAUGUAAGGUGUGUGUGUGUGGUGGCUGUGUAUGAUCAUGUUCUGUGUAGCCCCCUCCUACUUGGCUCUCUUCUCCAAACUCUUCAAUCGCUCGGUCUCUGUGACUCUGUCCUCUCGUGGUUUUCCUCCUAUGUGGCGGAACCAACCUCGCCACUGUGCACUGGAGGAGCCUGCCUGCUGCCUUUUGACUAUGGACCAGCAUUUAAAUACUUUAUUUUCCUAUGCAGAAAGGUCUAUUCAUGUAUUUCUGCCCUGGCGUUCUGUAGAUUCUCGGAUUUACUGAAUGAACUAAUUUAACCCAGAUAGCUAUGCCAUGGAGCCUAUUCAUGUAAUAAAAGACUUUGGCUCCAUGGCAAUUGAACUGUGUGUGGUCUGAUCGCCAUUCAGUAAUAAUGUGCGCUCAGACCUAAGCUAUCUGGGGAUAUGUUGCAUGUCUGUAUUUUAUGUAAUAAAUGUAACCUUGUAUAUUUUAUUGUAUUUUACUGUCUUUUUACUGCCAUGUGCUUAAUGGAGUUUUGCCUCUGUCCUUGGAGAUAAUUGGAUUACUUCUCAAUUAUCUCCAGGAUAGAAGACUCUGUGGAACUGGUGUUGGGCAGAAAAGCCAUGCUUCAUUUGGUCACAAAGGACUUCGAUCUAUCUUUUGAACCAAUUUGGAUGAUUUUGACAUAUAUUUGUAUUUGGAGUAUGCUGAUUGUAAGUUUUAUGUGAAUGUGAUGCAUACUUUUAAAGUUAUGAAUAAUGUGGAAAAACUGUAUUUCUCUGCCGGUGAUAAUUACAUUACCCAUUGUGUUAGGUAAUUGUAUCACAGGCAGAGGGGAGGAUUUUGUGUGGGAGUGUCUGAGUGUAUUGUACAUGUUUAUGGGUUGUUUUCCAAAACCCUGUGGGCAGUACUAUGUUUGUGGAUUGUGAAUAAAAGAGGCUGUAUGUGCCAGUACAGGCAGUUCUGCUUGACCUCAAAACUAAGUGUCGUCUCGUUAUUGGGGGAAUUGGAUUGUAUGCUGAUUGCCAGGAGUGUAAGCUGAUUGUAUGCUUUUCCUGUUCAGCUGUUUACAGCAUUCAUAUGCUUGAGAGCAUUCGUAUGCUUCUCCGGUUCGGUGGUUGUGGUGUCUGCUGCAGUGCUUGGUGUCCUCAGGAAGCGCUAGGAGCAUCCUUCAACGGAGGUACCCAGUCGGGGUGCCAGGUGAUCCGUUACAUCCUAUCUCUCCCAAUGCUCAUUCAGUGUCUCUUUUUCUAAUGAUACCUCCACCCUUCGUCCUGUCUCGGUUGGAGUCCCCUAAGGUUUUGUCCUUGGUCCCCUUCUAUUUUCUCUUUAUACUGUAUCUCUUGGCAAACUUAUCACCUUGUUUGGAUUCCACUACCACCUGUAUGCAGAUGACACCCAGAUAUAUCUCUCCUCCCAAGACCUCUCCCCUACUGUCCUGCAAUGUGUCACUGCUUGCCUUUCUUCCAUCUCUGACUGGAUGUCCUCCUGCUUUUUGAAACUCAAUCUCUCUAAAUCUGAGCUCCUUGUCUUUCCUCCUCCUAAUACUGAUCCUCCUCAUUUGCUCUCUGUUACAAGAACCCUACAAACUGUUGCAGAAGUACUUCUUUUUGUUUCCCAAUACCCUGUUCGGUAUUCAGACCGUGCGAAUACAUUCCCCGACCAGUUAUAACUAUUUAUUCGAGUAUAUAAACGACGGACCACACAGCCCUUGGCGUGUGCCUCUACUUAACCCCGGUCACCUUUGAAAGUACCGAACAGCUGACCACCCCCACGAGCGAAGCAUGCCGCUAAUUGAGCACCGGGAAGCUGCGGUCUGUGGUUAACCACAAGCAUAAUUGACUAUCUCCGGGUGGCCUCGUUUGUGUAAUAAUUCACCGAACUAAACUCACGAAAGACUCCCGAACGAGGCUCACCCUCAUCCUGGCGUGUGUUCCCAAUUAGAACGUUGAAUUUGCGGUUAACCGCAAGUUAAGUAACCCCUUUCAUGGCGGUCUCUGUUCGGUAAGACAACCAGCCUGUGAGCGAGAUUCGCGUAAUUGUUAAACGUUACUCGUUCCAGGGGUUUUAGGUCCAUGUCCCGCUUGCCAUCUAUCAACCUAAAAACAUGGCCGCCAUCUCGUGUUCGGGACAAAAGACACGAAUGGACUUUAUAACAAGGAACCUAGCCAUAUCAUUCGUGAGUUCUGAACGCUAUUCAUCCAUCGGCUGCGCUCAGAACUGGGCUAAAUAAUGAAAGGUAGAAUGGGAAAUAUGUCUGUUAAAGUAUUAAAGUUAUGUAAUUUUAUACAGGUUUAUGUGUUGUAAUAAAACAUGGGAUUUUAGGCGCUUGGAGAUAAUUACAUUGUCCCAACCGUUGGACUCAUUAUCUCCAAGCUGGGCGGUAACAAUUUCAAAGGAUACAUUGUAUUACUAUUGGUCAACUGCUCGUAUUGUCACUGUAUCCCAUCAGGUCCAGAGGGGGUUGUCCCUGGACCUUUGCAUAAAUAGUGAUGCCUGUGUGCCAUUAAAGCCAGUUUGUUUUACCCUCAACUCGCAGCCUCGAUUCGUGUUGUAGGGAACCGGGAAUCCUAGCUUUACUAUAGCUAGUGGGAUAUUCUACACUUAUAGGUUUCUACUGUUUGAAGCCGUGUUCGACUCCAACUUCGGGAACCAGGACAUCCAAGCGAUCCAACCUCCUGCUAGACCAGAGGCAAUCGUAACACUCUCCGUUCAAGUUAGUGGUACCCACAUCAGUCCAUCCUUGCAAAUGCGCUGUCUUGGCGUUUUACUUGGUUCUGGCCUCACAUUUGAGUCUCACAUCCAGUCUGUUACGAAGAUCUGUAGAUUCCACCUUAAAAACAUAGCCUGCAUCUACCCCUUUCUUACACAAGAUACUACUAAGGACCUUGUCCAUGCUCUUGUAAUCUCUUGCAUGGAUUAUUGUAACCACCUCCUAAUUGGUCUUCCCCAAAGCCAUAUUGCCCCACUACAGUCUCUAAUCAAUGCUGCCGCCAGACUGAUUUUCCUCUCCAGCUGGUCAUCUCACACCUCACCCCUCCGUCAUUCCUUAUAUUUGCUUCGUGUAUCCCAUAGGAGUCAAUUCAAAGUACUAAUCCAUACCUAUAAAGCAUUGAACAAUUCUAGCCACUACUACAUCUCUUCACUGAUUCAUAGGUGUGACCCUUCUUGGCUUCUACGCUCUGCCCAUGACUUUCUCCUGUCCGCUGCUUGCACACAUAUGGCCAGCUCACGCUUGCAGGACUUCUCGUGGGUUGCUCCCUUCUUAUGGAAUAACGUGACUACCACCAGACUCACCCCUACUCUUCAAUCUUUUAAGAAGUGCUUUAAAACCUCUCUUUUCAAGAAAGUUUAUGACAUCCCAGAGUACCCUCUACCUCACAUACCUGUCCCUUGCUCUCUCUUGAAGGGCAGCACUUUACUCUCUCCUCCGGCUCUGCUUCACUCCCACCCUUUUUGAUUGCUAUCUAAUGUCCUAUAUUGUUUUUUUAGACUGUAAGCUUGUUUGAGCAGGGCCCUCUUCAACCUAUCGCUCCUGUAAGUUUGUUGUAAUGGUCUUAUUUAUUAUUAAAUCUGCCCUUUUUAUAAAAUUGUAAAGCGCUAUGGAAUCUGUUGGUGCUAUAUAAAUGCCAAUAAUAAAAAUGUAUGGCAUGUCCAGCAUGGGUAAACUAUGCCAGGUGGUCUGGCCGUAGUCCUGAGUAACUGAUGCUCCAACCGGGGAGUGUGAAGUUUGCACCACUGGGGGAAGCAGACCUCAGUAAUCAUUCCUUCACAAUUUGGAAAGUCAAAGUAAAUGCUGGGAACAUCUCUGGUUCACUAAAGAGUGACGUAGCGCAAAGGAGCCAUUACUGAGGUCUGAACCCGCAGGAGGUGAAAACCUUACACUGCCAGCUCUGAUGUCCAACACCAAGGACGUCAUGCCACUUUCCAAUGGCAGGGCUAAAAUAGUAAAAUAAACUGUUGACCUGGCCACUGCUCAGUGGGACCCCCUUCAAGUGAUGCCCGGGGCACAUGCCAUACCCUAGGUACACCACUGAUUAUAUAUUACUAAAAUAAAUGAAAACUGCUAUUGCAAUCUUUAUCAAUCUCUGGCCUGCUAAUAAAAUGCUCAAUGGCAGAGUCAAUUUACUCCACCCUUUUCCUCACUGUGUGAAUAGUAUGACCCAAUGAAACUUCCUGUACGGUUUGAAAGCAGGAGGUGAGCUGGCAUUUUCAGCUUUACUUUCAUUACAUCAUUGACUAGUGGAAAAUCAUUGACUAGAGAAAUAUGUUCUUCUACAGGCUGGUAAUCAUAGCUAGAGUAUAAAUAAUGGCGAGUGAGGCUUUAUGGACUAGAUUUUAUACUGUGUAAUGAAUUAAAAUAAUGUUUAUACUCUGUUCUGGUAUUGAUGGGAUUAAUUACAUUUGAGCAAAAUUCAUAACCACACCACUCACUGGAUGUAGGUUUAUGUGAUGUCCUCGCUUAUCCAGUAAAAAUGCUUAUCCACAUCAUUCUAGAGUUUGUGGCAACUUAGUGCACAAUGUGCCCAGAAGCAGAGCAUUGAAUAGGGGAUCAGUGCACAAACACGACUUACCAAGAAUUGUAAACACAAACACCGCAGGCAAAAUGGGAGCACAGACAUUGCGAAAAUACAAAAAUACAUACCUAGAUAUACUUCAAUGUCUAUUGGUAAUAACUGGUAAAAUAAGAAAAAACCUCCCUCAGUAUAUAUUCUGAUAAGAAGCCCUGACAUUUUUCCCUAAGAUGCAGUUCCCAAUAAGAAAUAAAAUACGUUAAAGUUUGCGUUUUCCUUCCUUCAGAUGACGACGACGACGAUGGCGGUGAAGAUGAGGAUGAGGAUGAAUGGGAUGACUGAAUUCUUAGCGACACAACCUUCUGUAACCUCCUUCUUCCUGUCAAGAGCGUCAUUUGCCAUAAUGACCCCAUUAAUCUGUCGAGGUUUCAUUGUUCCUUGAAAUAAAACUUUUUUUUUUAGAAAUGCAAUGUAAUUAAUAAAUAUAUAUUUUAACUCGGUAGAGAAAUCAAAGAA